AGAUGGCGACUUAGGUCUUCCGGAAUUGGCGCAUUGGUUGGUUUCUACAACCUGGCAAUCCUGCACUCGUUCUCUAUUCGACGGUGGCCUCGUAGUUCUGAAUUACUAUGGGUCGAGUAAUUCGCGCUCAGCGUAAAGGUGCGGGGUCUGUCUUUCGAUCCCACACGAAGAGGAGGAAGGGAGCACCGAAGCUCCGUUCCUUGGACUUCUCCGAGAGGCAUGGAUACAUUAAGGGCGUCGUUAAGGAUAUCAUUCAUGAUCCUGGCCGUGGUGCACCAUUAGCAGUUGUUCACUUCCGUGACCCUUACAAGUUUAAAACACGUAAGGAAUUGUUUAUUGCACCUGAGGGCAUGUACACGGGACAAUUCUUGUACUGUGGAAAGAAAGCAAAUCUCCAAAUUGGAAAUGUAAUGCCAGUUGGUACUAUGCCAGAAGGUACCAUUGUAUGCAAUUUGGAGGAAAAGACUGGUGACAGGGGUCGUCUGGCUAGAGCUUCUGGCAAUUAUGCCACUGUAAUAGCACAUAACCCAGACACCAAGAAAACCAGAGUGAAAUUACCUUCUGGUGCUAAAAAGGUUAUUCCCUCUAAUAACAGAGCGAUGGUUGGAAUUGUCGCUGGUGGUGGGCGGAUAGAUAAACCUAUCCUCAAGGCUGGUAGAGCCUACCACAAAUAUAAGGCAAAGAGGAACUGCUGGCCUAAGGUUCGUGGUGUUGCUAUGAACCCGGUAGAACAUCCUCACGGUGGUGGUAACCAUCAGCAUAUCGGUAAGGCUUCUACCGUCAAACGAGGAACGAGUGCUGGUCGCAAGAUUGGUCUUAUUGCUGCUCGUCGUACUGGAAGAAUCAGAGGAGGCAAGACCGAUACAAAGAAGGAUGAUUGAACAUAACAUUUGGUGUAAUAAAAAAAAAUGCAAAAAAACUUAUGAGGGGUAUUCAAGAA